AUGUUGGAGUUGGCGCUCAACAAGCAGACAGGAAAACGAAGCUCCAAGCGUGGCAGGGAGCCAGCCCACGAUCGUUCUGGCAACAGUGGCUAUGGUAUUGCGUUUGAGUCCCGGGGAACAACACAAGAACGACCCAAACAGUUGCCUGAGACGCCAGUGGUCACGGUGGCUCCUACCCCCACAGCACCAGCCACACCAGUGCGAGUGGCCUCUUCAACAGCGAUGUGGCCCAAGGACUCCAACUCAAGCCUGUCUGUCUACAGCGCUGGCUUCCAAGGCAUGAGGCCCUACAUGGAGGAUCGUGCUUGCGGCUACUUGGAGUUGCCUGGUUUCCGCACUGCUAGCUUCUUUGGUGUCUUUGAUGGGCAUGGUGGCUACCAGGUGGCUCAACUAGUGGCAGAGAAGAUUCCAAGGAUCUUGGCAGAAAGACUGAAAGAAGGCUGCGAUGCGGCGGAAGCUCUCAAGGAGUCCUUUCAUUCAAUGGAUUCAGAACUCAUGGGCUGCGGAACUUUCCACCGCAUGGGCAGCACCGCUGUGUGCGCGCUGCUCCUGCGAGAGGGCGAGAAGCUCCGCUUGCUUUGCGCCAACUGUGGCGAUUCCCGCGCAGUGCUGUGCCGAAACCGUGCAGCAUUACCGUUGUCAAAGGACCACAAGCCAAAUGACCCCCAGGAGCGGGGCCGAAUUGAGAGAGCCGGAGGUCGAGUUGAGCUACACGGUCCCUGCUGGCGGAUCGACGGCGGAUUGAAUUUGUCACGAGCCCUGGGCGAUUUCCUCUACAAGGCAAAGAGAGACUUGACAGAGGACCAACAGAAGGUGAUUUCUGUGCCCGAAGUGGAAGAGGUGCUUCUAAAUGAUACUGACCGCUUUUUGGUCAUGGCCAGCGACGGCGUCUUUGAGGUUUUUAACUCCGAUGAGCUUGUGGAAGAGCUGCUGAAGGAGAAGCGGCGUUUAUCUUCUUGGUCGAGCGCUAUCGAUUCAGUCUUGAAGAAGUCAUGGAGCAGUGGUGACAACGUCACGAUUUGCCUUGUCGAAUUUCUGAACAUGGCUCGUGGCAUUUCCACUUUCCCGUCACCGGGCGAACCCGGUCGGCCGUGA